AUGUCGUCGACACGCCACUCUCUAGAGCCUAUAGAUGUGAAAGAGAUGGACGCAACGAAGCAUGUAGAGAUCGCUGAGGACUUCACAUGGACGAAAGAGGAAGAGAAAAAGCUGGUCCGCAAAAUUGACCUCUUUUUGCUCCCAACAAUAUGGUUGAUGUACCUGCUAUCAUACAUGGACCGCACAAAUAUCGGAAAUGCGAAGAUUGCCGGUAUGGCUGACGAUUUGCAACUCAGCUCCGAUCAAUACUCCAUCGCUUUGGUUGUAUUCUUCGUGACCUAUGUCGUCUUCGAGCCGCCUUCCAACAUGCUCCUGGUCCGCCUCAAGCCGUCCAUCUACCUACCUGUCAUCAUGAUCAUUUGGGGGGCUUUGACCUGUUGUAUGGCUGUCAUCGAUGACUUCAAACACCUUGUCGUACUCCGAAUCUUCGUUGGUGUCUUCGAAUCGGGUUUCGCGCCAGGAAUUAUCCUCAUCAUAUCGUCCUGGUACAAGAAAGACGAGCAAUCGAAACGCUUCGGUGUAUACAUGUCGGCUGCGAUCCUCAGUGGCGCAUUUGGUGGUCUUCUUGCGGGCGCAAUAACCGGCGGUAUGGAGGGCACAGCUGGUCUUCGCGGAUGGCGAUGGUUGUUCAUCGUGGAAGGAGCCGCAACCAUUGUAUGGGCAAUGGUGGCAUACUUCAUCUUGCUGGACUUCCCUGCUAACACAAAACGGCUCACUGAUCGAGAGCGAGCUAUCGCCAUCGCUCGUCUCCGAGAAGGCGGAGUCCGAACACACGUUGAGGGUGAGGAGAGGAUGGGCAAGGCAAAGUCUUUCCGUCUUGCUAUCAUGGACUGGAGGACCAUUUCCUUUAUCCUUGGCUACAUGGUUAUCGUUGGCUCUUCUACCCUCUCGUACUUCUACCCGACCCUGAUGACUGGGCUUGGCUACACGGACACAGUAACAGCCCAGUACAUGACCGUCCCCAUUUAUGCCGUCGCCUUCGUUUGCACAGCGGUCACUACCUACUUCGCCGACGCCAUUUCUCACCACCGAGGCCUCGUGAUCGCAAGCUGGCUCGGCUUUUCCCUCAUAACGUCGAUUCUCGUGUGCGUAAUCUACGACUUCACAGCACGAUACGCACUACUUGUUCUCAUGGCCGCUGGUCUCUGGGCCUCGAACGCCGUUUCUCUAUCGUUCGCGAGCGCAACGUUUGGGUCUAUGCAGCCUGAGGUUAGGGCCAUCGCGAUUGCGCUCGUCAACGCUAUGGGCAAUCUUGCGCAGAUAUACGGCGCAUACCUGUUCCCCGGCGACGAUAAACCAAAGUAUCUCAUGGGUUUCGGAGUUAUCUCUGGUAUGUUAGGGUUCGGUGUGGUCGUGUACAUCUUCCUCCACGUCGCAUUGAGGAGAAAAGAGGGAAUGACCGCAUUCUUUUGA